AUGGGUGUCACCGGCCUUUGGACGGUUGUGCAGCCCUGCGCUCGUCCUAUCAAACUCGAGACGCUCAACAAGAGACGACUUGCGGUCGACGCGUCAAUCUGGAUCUACCAGUUCUUAAAAGCAGUGCGAGACAAAGAAGGAAAUGCGCUCCGGAACUCCCACAUUGUCGGGUUUUUUCGUCGGAUAUGUAAGCUCUUGUAUUUCGGCAUCCAACCUGUCUUCGUCUUCGAUGGCGGGGCGCCGAUCAUGAAGAGACAGACAAUCGCGGGUCGAAAGAAAAGACGCGAAGGCCACAGAGAAGAUGCGGUGAAGACCGCAGGAAAAUUGCUCGCGGUACAAAUGCAACGCAGUGCGGAGGAAGAAGAGACUCGCCGGCGCAAUAAGAACCAGAGACAAGAAGAGGAAGAGGUGACGGAGGCUCCGGUCUAUGCAGAUGAGGCAUUCAUGACUGAGAAAGAAAGACAACAAACUCGACGUUUCAAGAAAAAAGAUGCCUACCACUUACCAAACCUGGACGUUUCGUUCCAGGAUAUGGGCGCACCAAAUGACCCGCGCAUCAUGUCACAAGAAGAGCUGGAGGAAUAUGCCAGACAUUUCCAUCAGGGUCAAGAUAUCAAUCUCUAUGAUUUCUCCAAGAUCGACUUCGACAGUUCAUUCUUUCUCAGUUUGCCCGCGACUGAUCGAUACAACAUCUUAAACGCAGCAAGACUAAGAAGUCGCCUGCGUAUGGGCUACUCCAAAGAGCAGCUAGAUACCAUGUUUCCUGAUCGCAUGGCAUUCUCAAGAUUCCAGAUCGACCGCGUCGCGGAGCGCAAUGAUCUUACCCAACGAUUAAUGAACAUAAACGGUAUGAACGGAGAAGAAGCAUUCUAUAACUCUGGGCAACGAAUUGCAGGAGAACGCGGUAGAGAAUAUGUGCUUGUUAAGGAUCGCGACCACGAGGGUGGCUGGGUGCUUGGUGUUGUUGGAAAUAAAGAGGGCGACGAAGAGAAACCCAUCGAUCUCGAUCGGCCUGAAAUAUUGUCGGAUGAGGAUGAGGUGUCGGAGGACGAAGACUUCGAGGAUGUGCCAAUUGAGGGUCUGAAUCGACUCCCUAAGCUUCCUUUCCUUCAAGAUGGUGUAUUUGAUCAGUCACUUCAACUUCAAGAUGACGAAAAUUUUGACAUGCAAAGAGCUAUAGCACAAUCGCGACAGACUGCACAGCGACGGCCGGCAACCGAUCGUCAAAUUCAAGCUGUCGAUGAUGACUCGCUGUUUGUCGAAACAGACGGAAAUAUUGGUGCCCAGCAGCAAAACAACGACACCGAUGACUAUUUCAACGGCAAAGAAGAUGAUGGUCUUGAACAAGCCAUUGCCCUUUCGUUGCAACCGAAUAUAGACCAUGAUGAAACCGUGCCGGAAAUAUUUAUCAAUCGACCUGCAGAGGCAGCUCCUUCUCAUGAUAUGAUGAUGCCAGACCCCGACUCCGAGAGCGACGAUGGAAUGGACUUUGCGGCUGCUGUCGCCAAAACCAAGGUCACAAAAAAGGCUCCGCAGUCGUCUAAUCCAUUCGGCGGGCCUCUCCCAUUUGAGUCUAUCAAGCUCACUAAAGCAGCAAAGGAUCAUGGCAAAGCUAGUGAGGCCGAUGAGAACGCAGGUGGCUUCGUGAAGGAUUCCACGAAAAAGCCUAAACAGGCAGACCCGCUCCCUCCUUGGUUCGUUGGCGAGCGCACGAACCAAGAAUUUAUCGUUGAUCCAAUUGAAGACCCGAAAGAAGAAGAGAAAUCGGCGGCACCAGAUCAUAUGUUUCUUUCAAACCGUCGCUCGCCAGAGAUCAUUGAUGUCGAUCAAAUGUCCGACACCAAGGAAAUUGUUGUUCUAGAGGGCUCGGAGAGGAAACUCGACCUUGAAGACAAAAAGCUCGAGCCAAUUUCUGAUGAGCAAAUUGAACAGCUUUACCGUGAUGUUGACGACAAGCCGUCCAAUGAACCAACCCAAAUUGAUACGAAAGAUGUUGAGAUGCCACGUGAGACCACCGAAGAACAAGAACAUGAACCUUGGCCCAUACCUGAAGCAAUGUCCACAGAGAUCUCGCCCCGUAGUGAACACUCUCCAUCGCCUGAAUUCGAGGAUGUGAUUCCUCAGCCCCCUACGAAUGGUCCUGAGAUCACUGUCGUGUCCCACGAGCCCGAACCUCAGCCCCAGCUUUUCGACGAUGCCGAGCAACCACAAGCGUUUGGUCAAGAUCAAGGCGAUUAUAGCGACCCAGAAGACGAAGAUCUUUUCAAACAGCUUGCAGCCGAAGGUGAAGAACAUGCUCGGUUCACCCAUACUCUAAAUAACGCAGUGCCUAUCCAAGAUGCCUUUGAUUACGAGCAAGAACUGAAACAGCUACGAAACCAACAGAGAAAUGAACGUCGUGACGCUGAUGAGGUAACGACCAUCAUGAUCAAUGAAUGUCAGCAGCUGUUGACUCUCUUUGGGUUGCCCUACAUCACUGCCCCGAUGGAAGCUGAGGCGCAGUGCGCUGAAUUGGUCUCACUAGGCCUUGUUGAUGGCAUUGUCACAGAUGAUAGUGAUAUCUUCCUUUUCGGUGGAACGCGAGUCUACAAGAACAUGUUUAAUCAAAGCAAAUUCGUGGAGUGCUACCUAGCAUCAGACUUUGAAAAGGAAUAUGCCCUUCAUCGACGGAAGCUCAUCAGCUUUGCUCAUCUGUUAGGCAGUGAUUACACCGAGGGAAUCCCUGGCAUUGGUCCUGUCACAGCCCUGGAGAUCAUCACUGAGUUCUCGAACCUCGAAGAAUUCCGCGAUUGGUGGACAGAAGUGCAAAUGGGCGCAAAUAAAUCUGACGACGUCCAUCUCGCUUUCCGGAAGAAGUUCCGGAAGAAGGCAUCCAAGAUUUUCCUGCCGCCCUCAUUCCCUGAUACUCGAGUUGACACGGCCUAUCUGGAACCUGAGGUUGACGCCGACCCCUCACAAUUCCAAUGGGGUGUCCCCGACUUGAACGGUCUGAGACACUUCCUCAUGUCAACCAUCGGUUGGAGCCAAGAGCGUACGGAUGAGGUUCUCGUCCCGGUCAUUCGCGAUAUGAAUCGUCGAGACCAGGAGGGCACACAGUCCAACAUCACACAAUUCAUGACAGGCCCACAGGGUGUAGGUGCCUUUGCGCCUCGUGUUCGAGGCGGGCCCAGCCGCAUGGAAAAGGCGUUUGGUCGACUGCGGCAAGAGGCUCAACGUGGUCAGGUCUCGCCUGACCAACCACCAGCCACAGAAGACAAUAGUGAAGAAGCCUCCGGUUCUGGUUCGCCAAAGAAGACCAAACGGGGAGCAUCAGCCGCCCAGGCCAAUACUGGAACGAGUAAGAAGCGAAAGACUCGUGCAAAGUCAUAA